AUGGUCGCUGGCCUGUUGACCAAGAUUACCACCACCAACGACCAACAGCAUGAACACCUGCACCGCCAACCGCCCCAUCUGGACGGCUCAACCCCGCUGAACCUUCAAACGAGCAGCGUCUUGGCCUUUCACGGCAAGAACGUGCCCAGCAUCACCAUCCUCAGCUACCUCAGCCGCAUCAAUAAAUAUUGUCCGACGAGCUACGAGGUCUUCCUGAGUUUGUUGGUCUACUUUGACCGCAUGACGGAGAAAGUCAAUGCGGGCCCCAUGGAGAGCCUGCGCCAGGCGAACCGCGGCGCAAUGGAGCACAAUCGCAGCGCGCGCAGCUCCAGCGAGUCGCUCGCCUCCGAUGCAAUGGAAGGCGUGACGACAUCCAGCCCGCCUCCGGACACCCAGACCAUCACCCCUCCGCCCUCGGGCUACAUGGAGAAAGGGGUGGAGGAUGGACGGCCGGGGACUCCCCACAGCCGCAGUUUCGGCUCGGAAUCACCCCCAAACCCACCCGAGCCGAUGUCCAUCGACCCAUACAACCUCUCGCAUUUCUUCGUCGUCGACAGCUUUAACAUCCACCGCCUCGUCAUCGCCGGCGUCACAUGCGCCAGCAAAUUCUUCUCCGACAUCUUCUACACCAAUUCCCGAUAUGCAAAGGUCGGCGGCCUCCCGCUACCGGAGCUCAACCAUCUCGAACUGCAAUUCCUGCUCCUCAACGACUUCCGCCUCUCGGUGCCCGUCGAGGAAAUCGAAGCCUACGGCACAAUGCUGGUGGAGUUUUACGCGCGUGAAGUCGUCGCGCAGCAGAAGGCGGCGCAGGCGCAGGCGAUGCAAGCCCGCUCGCUCAGCGAGAGCUCCUCCGACAGCACCAAUACCGUGCGCGCCGUGGCGUGA